UGGUGGAGAAUCUUGUCCAGAACUCCUAGAAAACAUGGUGUGUAAUGUUACCACGGUGAUAGACUGUCAGAUGUCCCAGUGGGAAUCCUGGUCAGACUGCAGUAACAACUGUGGAGUAGGAAGUGCUUUCAGAUCUAGAAAACUACUGACCCCUGCAUACUGUGGAGGUCAACAAUGUCUAAAUACGACCUUGAGAGAUGUCAAAUCCUGUGAGAGUUACAAUUCAAGUGUAGAUUGUGUGAUGGAUGAAUGGCAGCCUUGGGAAGACUGUAUCAGAGAUUGCAGUAAAGGAAUACAAAUACGGAAACGGAACAUCAAAGUCAAUCCACAGUGUCAUGGGGCCAAAUGUAAAUCAUCAAUUGAUUGGCAUCACUGUCAUGAACCAUGUAAAUAUCCUGAUUACUGUAACCAAGGUGUAUGUGGAUGUCCAGAGGGUAUGAACCUAGCUUCAGAUGGUAUCUCCUGUAACCCUAUCUAUUGUCCACCAAUACCAGUCUUACAGUACUGUCCACCUACCAGAUAUUAUCUGUCAAGCUGUAAAUAUCCAGUGUUUAAUACCUGUUCCUACAGUUACAAUUCAACAUGUACACCAGUUUGUAAAGGUGAUUGGACUAUAAUUACUCAACCAGACAAUAUGAAUUAUGUCACCUGUCAAAAGGACUCAAAAUGGUCCACACCUAAAAUCUUCUGUAGUCCAUUUAAUAACCCACCAACUGAUAUUAACAUUGACAUUUCUAAGACUACGAUUCCAGAGAAUACAGAAGCAGGUUAUUGUAUUUACAUGGGAACUGUUGAUGAUGUCUACGAUAGCCAUGUUUAUACGAUCGUUAGUGAUGUCUCCAACAGAUUCCAAGUAUUACAACACAGACUUUGUCUGAAAGUAAAGGCUAACUUCGAAGACCAACCAAAUAAGUGGAAUAUAACAAUAAGAACCACAGAUUUAGAUAAAGCCUUCUUUGAGAAAAUAUUCCAGUUUGAAAUUUUGAAUGCUAAUGAUCCUCCAAAGGCUGCUUAUCUGACUCCUGAUACUAUACCUGAGAAUAGUAUGAUUAAUACGACGGUUGGCUGUUUUUCUGGAGUGGAUGAUGACCCUAACCAAACUUUGUCCUUUCUCCUGGUUAACUCCAAUUACAAGAUGUUUGCAACAUACAUUGAAAAUGGACAAACAUGCUUAAAGGUAGCCAAAGACUCUAAUGAAAAGUGUCCAUCAGAAGGUGGAACAUAUUGUUUGUUAAACAGAGAGAAGCGUAAGAAAAGGACAGUUACAGUUAUGGCUAGAGAUGAUGGUAACCCUAGGAUGAAGGCUUACUUUGACAUAAAUAUACAUCUGUCUGAUGUGAAUGAUAAACCAACAGAAGUUAUACUGGAGCCUUCCAAUAUCCCUGAGGGGGUUCAACCAGGAAAUGAACUUGUUGCUAUUGUUACAAAAGACGAGGAUAUUGACCAAUCACACACAUACGAACUGAUAAAUGACCCCAGUGGUGUAUUUACUAUCAAAGAUGGAAAGUUGAUCGCAUCUAGAAGUUUUGACUAUGAAACAGAAAAGUUCACAGAAUUUACAAUUGAUGUGAAAUCCACAGAUAAUGGAGAAAAACCUUUGUCUGUAACAUCUACUAUAAAGUUCAAGAUCCAGGACAUGGAUGAGGUUCCAUAUGCACUUCAGGUUACUGCAGAAAAUUCUCCUUUGUCAUAUGAAAAUGAUAAACCUAAAGUCAGAGAGAAUGCAAAUCAUGUAGUGAUAGGUACCAUUAAUGUCAAAGAUUAUGAUGAGGGUGAUUGGAUAACCUUAACCUUACUAGAUAAUGCAGACGGUAGAUUGGAAUUGAAGAAUACAAUAUGUUCUAGUGUUGGAGAUGUGAAUGUAUACUGCAAAGGUUUACUGGCAACACACUCACCAUUUAACUAUGAGAUCGAACCUUCUGUUACAUUCUCUGUUCAGGCCACAGACAAAGCAGGCUUAACCAAGGUUAUCAACUUGACCUUGGAAGUUGUAGAUUUCAAUGAUGCAGCUUCUGACAUACUGAUUGAUAGUGUAUCAGUUGCUGAGGUCUCUAUAGAAGAGAAUAAAUUGGACAUUGUGAUUGGUCAGUUAUCCAGUGUGGAUGAGGAUAAAGAUGACCAACAUGAAUAUUCUAUAACUGACCCGUCUGGAUUGUUUAUUGUAGAAGGCAAUGUAUUUAAGGCAGCCUCAUCUGCGGUUAUUGACUUUGAAAAAGGAAAUAAAUACACUGUUACCUUGACAACAACAGAUAAAGGGAUACCAUCCAUGUCACAUGACAAAGAAAUAGUUAUAAAUAUAAUAGAUGUAAAUGAAGCACCAUUAGACAUACAGUUAUCUAAUAGUCAGGUUGCUGAGAACAGUGUUAAUGGUGUAGUGGUUAGUAACUUGACCACUGUUGAUCCUGAUAAUUCUGGACAGAUCAUUCAAACCUUUACUUAUCAUCUGAUUGAUGAUGGACAAGGAAGGUUUGAAAUCCAUGGCAACACUUUACAGGUAAAAAAAUCAUCAGAAAUGUGUGACAACAAACCAUGUAUUCUAGAUUAUGAACAAGACAAAGUUGUCAAUAUAAAGGUUAAGGUCACAGAUGAUGGUACACCUCCUUUGACCUUGGAAAAGGUCAUGGCCAUCUCAGUAACAGACAUCAAUGAUCCACCUGUUGUUGACAUUGUAGGAGAUACAGUCCCAGAAAAUUCCGAUGCAGAUUUUGAAAUUGGAAUAUUGAAAGCAACAGACCAGGAUCCAGGACAAAAUAUAAGACUGGUACUUUUAAACAAUACUGAGGUAUUUGAUUUGAAGGAUGGUAAAACCUUAGUUACUAAGAAGUCACUGGACCAUGAAAGUCAAGCCAUGUACUAUAUAUCUAUUGAGGCUACAGAUGAUGGAACUCCAUCAACAAGUACUAAAACCACAGUGACAAUUGAGGUUCUGAAUAGAAAUGAAAAUCCCUCAUUUGAAGGGGAGACAACCCUGACUGUACCAGAAUUAUCACCAGAAGCAACAGUAGUUGGUCAAAUCACAGCAACAGACCCGGACAACAAUGAUGUUUUAACCUUGAAAAUAACCAGUAUCAGUCAAGAGUUCUUACUAUCAAAUAUCAGCUGUGGUAAACAACAGGCUGUGGGAGGGACUACAUGUACAGCAGAUCUGGUUACACAGGGAUAUUUGAAGUUUUUGGACAGAUCUGUGUAUACAGUGGCCAUCAGUGUACAUGAUGAGCAAGGUUCUACAGUAGAAAAACAGUAUACAAUUAAUGUACAGGAUGUCAAUGAUCCUCCACAGGAUAUUUUGUUUGGGGGUUCAGAAGGUACCAGUCUAAGAAUUGAUGAGAAUACAGCUGAUGUUGAUGUGACAGAGUUAUCUGCACUUGAUCCAGAUGAAGGACAGACUCACACCUUUAGGUUGGUAGAUGAAAGCAGUGUUUUUGAGCUUCAAGGAAACAUGCUGAGGGUAAAAGCUGAUGCAGUGAUAGAUUAUGAAAGCCAGACUGAAUAUCACAUCUCUGUGAAAGUAGAAGAUUCUGGUGAACCCAUGAAAGAGUUUGUAAAGAAUGUUACUAUUACAGUCAACAACAUGAAUGAAGAAAUACUAUCAUUAACCCUGGAUAACAAUAAGGUAGCAGAGAACAGUGACAGAGACACAGUCAUUGGAAAUCUAUUGGUUCAAGACCCAGACAAUAAAGUGGAGACAACUCAGACUUUUAAGUUAAUAAUGGUUGACAGUGCAGAUGGCAGAUUUAGAAUAGAAAAUGGUCAGAUAAAGGUUGCCCAAAGUAAUGCAAAUUGUCUUUCCAUGGGAGGAGAUUUAUGUAAAUUAAAUUAUGAAUCUACCAGUCAGUAUAAUGUGGAUAUCCUAGUAACAGAUGCAGGAUUGGUACCAGUCAAGAGCAAAACAUUUUCAUUGGCUAUAGAACUGAUAAACACAAAUGAUAGUCCAAGGAACUUGCAGUUGAGUGCAUAUAAAGUAGAAGAGAGUGCCCCUGCUGGUACAGUGAUUGGAGGUUUAACCUUCGAGGAUGAGGACAAAGACCAGACACAUGUCAUUUCAUUGGUUGAUGACAAUGGAGGACUUUUCUCUGUUAGUUCAACAGGGGUUGUCACCAAGGCAACAGAUGAAGCAUUGGAUCCAUCAAGAGUCUAUGUUAUAAAGGCUAAAGUUACUGAUAAUGGAAAUCCAGAAAAAUCUACUGAAAGACUCUUCAGUAUAACAGUUAUUGGUGAGACAGUGAUAACUCUAACCUUGACCUCUGUUGGUGGUGAUGCUUCAUUUGAUGACAAUAAGCCGUCUGUUACUGAGAACUCUCAUAUUGAUACAGUGAUAGGUACCAUUAAAGGAGAACAUCAAGAUACAACACAGGAUAUGACAUUCAGUGUAGAGGAUACAGAAAACUCAGGAAUUGUCAAAAUUUCAAAUGCUGCUUGUGUAACAAAGGAUGAGAAACGAGUAUGUACAACUGAAGUAUUGGUUGGAGCAACAUUAGACUAUGAACUACUGUCUCAGUACACUCUGAUCUGUCAGGUGACCAAUACAGCGGGAAAGAAUACCGUGGAAAUGUUCCCUUUAUCUCUCAUAGAUGUCAAUGAAGCACCAACGGUCAUCAAUAGACAUUAUCUCAUUAAACAGACAAUAGGUUAUAGUGAGGACCAAGUAUCUGUGAGUGAGAAUAUCAAUGGUAUAACACUGGGUGUGUUCAGUGUCGUAGAUCCUGAUAAUACAGAUACUCAUACAUACACACUGGCUAAUGAUGGGGGAGGAAGGUUCACAAUGACCCAGACAGGACAAUUAUCUGUAACAGAUGGUGCUAAUUUGGAUUUUGAAACCCAGCCUUCUGUAGACAUUGAGGUCAAGGUUACUGACAGUGGACAUUUAAGUUUGAGCCAAAGAUUUACAGUACUUGUGACAGAUGUCAAUGAAAUUCCAACAAAAGUAGAUCUGACAAACAACAAGGUUUUAGAGAUGAGUGCAGUAGGAACAGUAGUGGGAAGUCUAGUAACAGAAGAUCCUGAUAAAAAUCAGACUUUUAUAUAUGAACUGACUGACAAUGCUGAUGGAAGAUUUCUAGUGGAAGGAAAUGUUCUCAAGGUUAAUUCCAUGGGAGAAGAUUGUGAAACCAAAGGAAAUGAGAAAUGUCUACUUGACUAUGAAUCUGCUACCAGCCAUAGUAUUGGUGUCAUGGUAACAGACAGUGGAAACCCACCAAUGAGUAAAGAGUUUAUUUUGACUGUGGAUGUGGAGGAUGAUAAUGAUUCACCUUAUAACCUUGCUAUGAAAGCUGAAAAUCUGCCAGAAAAUUUACCAACAGGAACUAAAGUGGCUACACUAACGGUAGAAGAUCAGGAUAUAGAUGACACAUAUACAUACAGUUUGACUGCUGAUGCUGAGGAUACAUUCAUUAUUGUAGAUAAUACUAUCAAACUCAAUAAAGAACUCAAUUAUGAGACAAAGUCAAGUUAUACCAUAACAGUACAGACAACUGAUAGUAGGGCAGAUCCAAAACAGUUUUCUAGAGAUUUUGUAUUGGCAGUGAUGAAUGUAAAUGAAGCACCUUUUGGCCUUGCUUUAGAAUCUGUCUCUGGGCAGACACCAUCAUUCCAAACAAACAGGCCAAUCAUUGAUGAGAACAAACCAACAGAGACUUUGAUUGGUCAAUUAAUUGUAUUAGAUCCUGAUGUAACAGACUCAGUUACCUUUGGUUCAACCUCUACAAAGGUCAAAUUAUACAACCAAAAAUGCAUUCCCUUAACUCAGGGUAUAAGAUGUACAGCAGAUGUGAGGAGUUCUGAAACAUUUGAUUUUGAGACUGAAACAUCAGUGAGCCUCUUGUUUUAUGCAGUUGACAAUGAGGGGUCUAAGAUCAGUCAACAAAGUACACUAACUAUCAGUGAUGCUAAUGAUGCACCUAGUGACAUUAUAGUGGAUGGCACCUUAGAUAUCCCAGAAAACUCUGUUGAUGUUGUUAUGGCAACCUUAUCAGCGACUGACCCAGACACAACACAAACACAUAGUUUUACCAUUCAAUCAGGAUCCAAGUUUUUCUACAUAGCACAUAAUAAACUGAAGGUGACAUCAGCAGCCGAGUUGGACUAUGAGACACAGAUAAAACAUGAGAUCACCAUCAGGGUAACAGAUAGUGGGGAACCUAAUCCAUUAUACUAUGACAAAGUUUUCAUCGUGAUUGUAACUGAUGUGAACGAGCCAGUUUCAUCUGUUAGACUGUCCAAUAAUAAAAUAUCUGAGAGCAGUAAAUCUGGAGAUGAAGUUGGACAUUUGAUAGCAAUAGAUCCUGAUAAUGAAGGGGGAGAGAAACAAACAUUUACAUAUUCUAUGACAGACAAUGCUGACGGAAGAUUCACAAUACAGGAUGGACAUGUUGUUGUUGAUAAUGCUGAUUUUAACUUUGAGAAAGAGAGGACAUAUUCUAUCUCUAUAACAGUACAGGACAGUGGCACACCACCACUGACAAAGGAUGCCACCUUCAUUAUAGAGAUAACUGAUGACAACGACUCUCCUACUGGUUUGACAUUGUCAGCUGAGAGCCUAGCAGAGAAUUCCCCCUUAGGUACAGUAGUUGGUACCUUAUCAGCAGAGGAUGAAGAUAAUGGUCAGACAUUGUCCUAUUUGAUGUGUAAGGGAGACUUCUUCUCUGUAACUGGUAACACAGUAGUUGUUAGUGGAGCAGUUGAUUAUGAAUCCACACCAAGCGUAACAUUUCAAGUCCAAGUGUCAGAUGAUGGGUUUCCUGUAAAGUCAAUUGCAAAGAAUUUCACCUUAGCAGUCAAUAACAGAAAUGAGAAACCAGAAACAGUUAAAAUGUUGGAAACUGAAAAAGUGAAAAAUAUGGAAAUUCCAGAAUGCACACUAAUCAAUGAUGUUGUAGGCACUUUAAUGGCAUCUGAUCCUGACCAGUCAGAUAAACUGACCUUCACCUUAAUAGAAACAGGAAGUGGCAUUUUCAAACUGUCGUCUGCAUCACCAGAUUGCAAGCAGUCAACAGAAGCUCCUUAUAUCACACAGUGUAGUACUGAUGUUUUAUUGAACAAGAUUGUCAAUUAUGAAGAUCCAGAGCUUAGAGCUCAUAGACUUGUUGUCAUGGUGAAAGAUCAUCUUGGCCUGCAGAUUCAGCAGGAAUUUGUGUUUAAUAUAGUCAACUGUAAUGAGCCUCCAUAUGACAUUGAACUUGAUGGAGAGGUCACCAGCAUACCAGAAAAUUCACCAUACUUUGAGAUUGGUCAACUUGAAUCACUUGAUGAUGACGAGGAUGACCAACACAUCUACCAAGUUAUCACAUUUUGGGAAAUCUUCACAGUGAAGGAGGGAAUGUUGAUUGCUCAGUUUCCCGUUGACUAUGAAAAGAAACAAAGUUAUGAUGUCACCAUUAAAUCUAAGGACAAUGGAGUUCCAUCUCAGUAUUUCAUCAAAACUUUCAACUUUAAUGUGAUAAAUGUGAACGAGGCACCUUCAGCUAUUGAGUUGUCAUCAUAUGAUGUGAGCAACGAUGCAGCUAUAAGUGAUGCUGUUGGCAUUGUAACAGUCACUGACCCAGACAACAGUGGAAUGACCCAUGGACAGACCCAUAACUGUACUGUAGGGGAGGAAGGUGUUGGAGUAUUUGUUGUCAACAACUUGUUACUGAAGGUCAAUGGAUCUAUACCACUAGAUAAGAACCAGAUGAACAUCAGUAUAACAUGUCAGGAUUCUGGGAAGCCACCAUUAUCAAAAACUGUUCCUGUAAACAUUCAAAUCAAAGAAACCAUUGAAGUGCCAAAGAUUAUUGUUCUACAAGAUCAGAAAACUGUUCCUGAAAAUGAGGAGACUUUUACAAUUGGCCAAGUACUAAUUGUCCAUCAACUGACAAUGGACGCUUUAACCGGGCCAUUUGCAUAUCAGUUGUCAGACCAAGAUAUGCCAUUCAAACUUGAUGGGGAUUUACUGAAGAUAAAAGAACCUUUAAACUAUGAGGAACAAUCAGAGUGGGAGGUUACUGUAACAGCAUCUGGCACUUACAAUGACAAACCUUUUAAUCUUACAGAAUCAUUCAAGAUCCAAGUUUCUGAUGUAAAUGAGGCACCAAUCAAAAUCAGGGUAUAUGGAGGAGGGUACUUACAGGAAAACAGUGAGACUGGGACUGUGAUAGGGGACCUUAAUACUGAAGACCAUGAAAAGGACCAAACUUAUAGUUACUCGUUGUUAGCAGUAGCUAAAGGUUUAGAUAUUUCCAAAUCAGACCCAUAUAUAGAAGAUGCUUUUGUAUUAGAUGGCAGAACAUUAAAGAUAGGAAGUAGAGCAGAACUUAUAAACUUUGAAGAAAGCAGUGUGUUUACGAUACAAGUGAAAUCAACAGAUUCUGGUGUACCCAGUCUCUCCAUCACAGACACCAUUAAUAUUGUUAUAAAGGAUGUCAAUGAUCCACCUACUGAUAUACAUUUGGACAGUUCAGUGAUAGCUGAAAACAGUCCAAUAGAUACAGUAGUUGGUAAUAUUAUUGUACAAGAUGAAGACAAGAACCAGAAACACAACUGUGAUGUACAGAACUCUGUUGUUGUACCAUUUGAUAUAACAGAGGAACUCAAACUAAUUGUUAAAAGAGAGAAGUUGGAUUAUGAGGAAACAAACACCUAUGUUAUAGAUUUAAUUUGCAGAGAUGUUGGUUUGGACGGAUCACACUUGUCAUACCAGAAAGCACUUAUUGUAAACAUAACAGAUAUCAAUGAGCCACCAACUGAUAUAAAAAUAACAAAUGUUGAUGUAUCAGAAUCACAGCUGCCUGGUGAAGUAGUGGCCAAAGUCAGUGCUAUGGACCCUGAAUCACAACAGCUAACAUUUAGUGUGGAAGGGUCAGCUGUGUUUAAAAUUGAGGGAGAAAAUACAGUAGUGACCAGUGGUCAGUUAGAUUUUGAGGAAACAUCUGAAUACACCAUCACAAUUAAAGUCACUGAUGAGGAAGGACUGUUUUCAUCGAAAGAAUUUGUUUUAAAGGUCAAAGAUGAAAACGAGGCUCCAACAGGAAUAAAGUUAGACAACAACCAAGUAGAAGAGAACAUUGAAGGUGGAACAGUGAUUGGUACAUUUAGUACAGAUGACCCUGACAGAGGACAGACAUUUACAUAUACACUGCUGCCUGGAUAUAGUGAGGGAUAUUUUGCCAUUUUUGGAAACAAGCUAGUAGCUGGACAGUUAACAUUAGAUUAUGAAACAAAUAAUGAAUAUAAGAUGUUAGUAGUGAGCAAGGAUGAUGGGACACCUUCUAAAUCUGUUCAGAAAGAAAUCACUAUAUUUGUCAGAGAUUUGAAUGACCCUCCUGAGUCUAUUAUUUUUGGCAAUGUUUCUCCUCUUGAUGAAGACACACCUCUAAAGACUAUCAUCACAGCCAUACAGGUUGAUGAUCCUGAUGCUGGCCAAUCACAUUCAUGUAAUCUUCAAACUAAAUCUACACCAUUUGCCAUUUUCACCAACGAUAUUACAGAAAAGUCCUUGGUGUUGACCAAUGUUUUAGAUUUUGAGACAACAAAGAUUUAUAACUUAGUGGUGCAGUGCUCUGAUGGAGAGUUUUCUAUACAGAAGAACUUACAGAUUGAAGUUAAUGAUAAGAAUGAAGCUCCAACUUCCAUUGUUCUAUCAGGGUCACAAACAAUACUGGCAGACGCAAAAGUUGGAGACUUGAUAGGACAGUUUUCAACCAAAGAUCCUGAUCAGAAUCAAGUUCACAGCUUUGUUUUAAAGGGACCCAAUUCUGAUCUUUUCCAGAUUGAUGGGAGUAAGUUACUAGUGAAUUCAGCCAUUCCUACAGCUGUUUUGACAAGUGCCAAUCCAGUGAUUACAAUUACAGUACGGGUAUCAGACAAUGGGGAUCCUAUUCAAUAUCUACAACAAAACAUCACACUGCUGGUCACAAACAUACAAGUACUUGCUGCAGAACUGCCGUCUGUUGCCCUAGACAACUUAGAUGUGGCAGAAGAUUCAGAUGUAGGAACAAUUAUAGGAACAUUAUAUAAUGUUAACCAAUCAGUGGAAGACAAUAUUAUAUUUGAAUUUGAAAAAAAUCCUGGUGGUUUCUUCUCUAUAAAAGAAAAUAAACAUUUGGUUCUGGAAAAGAGCUUAGCCAACUAUACUGGUACCUCAGUUACAGUUGUAAUCAGAGUAAGAAAUGUAGAAACAUUUGAGCAGUCAUCACAGGAAGUCACUAUUCUAAUCAAACAGGUUGAUAGAUGUUUUAACGAUGGUAAAACCUGUGAUGAGAAUGCUAGAUGUGUAAAAUUAAAUGCCACCUACCAUAUGUGUAACUGUGAACAUGGUUUUACAGGGGAUGGCUACUCCUGUUUAAACAUUGAUGAUUGUACAGGAGAGGACACCUGUCAGAAUGGGGCUACAUGUGUGGAUGGCAUUGACACAUUUUCAUGCAUCUGUCCAAAAGAUUUCAAUGGACUUAUAUGUGAAAAAUCAUUACAGCCUGAAAAUCCAUGCACUAAAAAUCCAUGCAAGAAUAAUGCUGCCUGUUUAUCUGAGGAUGGUAAAUCUUAUGUAUGUAACUGUGCUCCAGGGUGGACGGGAGGAACUUGCUCAGAUAGCAUAGACGAUUGUCAAAACUCAGCCUGUUUAUCAGGAGGACAGUGUGUAGACAAACAUAGAACCUACAUAUGUAACUGUCCUCAGGACAGGACAGGACCUAGGUGUCAGUAUUUUACUAGCUCAUGUAAUGCUAACGCUUGUGAAAACAAUAAAACUAACAUAUGUAUUCCACUGUAUGACAAAGACAAUUAUGCAUGUGGGAAAUCUGUAAAACUCACUAUAGAUGUGCCCAAAAAUGCUGACCUUGAUGAACCCGAGUAUAAAGCUAGAAUGAAUGACAUCAUCCUGGAAUUACUAGACAGGAAAGGAAUAUCCACAACAUCCAGAAGACGUAAGCGUAGAAGUGCUGACACAGCAGAGGUUCAAGUUUAUGUUGAAAGUAUCACUGAUAAUGGAGACGGGACAGUGACCGUCAGCUUUGUUGUAUUAAAUACAAAUGACAUGGCUUUCACAGAGGAGGAAGUCAAUGACAUGCUGUAUAAAAGUUGUACAGAUUUAGAAAGAGAAAAUCUAUUUGAGACUGAGGUUUGCCCUGCAGUCAUAGGGCUACAUGAACAACAGACAAUUGUUCCAGAAGAGAAGGAAGAGGGAGGUUUAUCAGGGGCAGUUAUAGGAGGGGGUAUAGGUGGAGCUGUAGUGUUGAUAAUCAUUAUAGGUAUAAUAAUAGUGAUAGUUAAAAGGAAGAAAACAGAUUCAGGUAAUGGAUACAAAGAAAUGAAAUAACCAUGCAUUGCAGGAUAAUUACAAGACAAAAUGCUGAGAAUUGGAAAGUUGUACUGUUUAAAUGAAAUACAUGCAUUUUUCCAACAAUGUUUGUUCUAUAUAAAACAAUAGAGUUUUUAAGACUUUAGUUUAUAUUAUGCUUUUUCAAAAAUAAAAUACAAUGUAUGUUUAAGGUUGUGGAAAAAUGUCUGAUUUUUAAAAUUCAUAUAUGAAGAAAUAAAAACCAUUCAUGUGCAAGUA